AUGAGCCAAUGGGAUCGCAUUAAGGAAGUUCUUUACGCGCGUAUAUUUUCUCCCAUCCCGGACGACAUGACCGGCGCCGUCGAGAUCGCUCCGGAGCUUAGGCCCAUCAUCUUGUUCGAUUUUGGUGGACUCCACCGUAUCUACAAAGUCUUCAACAAGAACUGCAAAGACAUCGCGUUAUCGGCUUCAACUAAGACGAUCGGCAACAUACGGCAGAGAGCCAGAAUUGGCAGGUGCGCUAGGAUUGGAGGGGGGUCGAGACAGAAAACGGUCGAAGGCAGGGAUGCAGGCGCUAAGCCCCACCCGCAUCAGCGUGUCUACCGCAAGCUAGUCUCCAGCUCGAGCUGUUUGUUCACCAUGCGCUCCCAAAACCUGCCCCACGGCAAAUUCUACACAGUCCUCUCACAAACAGGGAUAAGUCAGCAAUAUGCUACGACUGACGCGUGCCUGCCCAAGGCGGCGCGCGGUCACAUGGUCAUGGUACUUGGAUGGGCAGAUCGAUGGAAUUGGGUCAAGGUAGUCUCUAUCACAUCCAGUGCCGCCUCUACAUUACAGUACAUCGACUACCUACCCAUAUAUCCGUCGAAGAAAAAUCAACAUAGUGGAAUUCAGCUGAAAUUGUGCAACGGCUGGAACGCUUGGACUUAUACCGAGAAGAAGUCUUAUGUCAAGAUGGAUGGAGUGUACGAGAUUCCAGUUGAACACUUGACGGCUGCUGGCGCAAAUGGACGUCAGUACGAGCUGCAGAGCAAGUCAUGGGACAAGGUGCAGGACUUCCUAAGGAAAAUGAAUGUUCGUGCAAUCCACGACGGACAAGUUGCACCGGGUUCUGUCAACAGUCCCAUUCGCGAGGGCCAUUUGAGCCAGGUUCUUGGUGCUGGUGUUGCCUCCGAUACGGGGGAGUACUCGCUGGAGGGGUACUCCUUACAUAUACCUCCAAAGAUUGAGGUAGAGCCCAAUCAGAUCUACAAGCAAGCCUGA